AUGCAUGCCGAUAACGACAGUGACAAGUACAAGGCCGACCACGAUGGCGGCAAGUACAAGGCUGAUCACGAUGGCGGCAAGUACAAGGCUGAUCACGAUGGCGACAAGUACAAGGCCGACCACGAUGGCGACAAGUACAAGGCCAACGGUGGUAACCGUGACUAUCAUGCCGAUAACGACAGUGACAAGUACAAGGCUGACCACGAUGGCGGCAAGUACAAGGCUGAUCACGAUGGCGACAAGUACAAGGCCGACCACGAU